GUUUUUACAAAAUGUCAUUUAUGUCAAUUUCAAUUACAAACUGACACGAAAGCACACACAAAAACACACACAAAAAAAAAACACAAAAAACACACACAAAAACAACAAAAAAAUGGUAAAAAGAAAAACCAUGGUUGCUCACAAAUCCACCGUAGAUCUUCUUUCGGAAGACGAGUGGAUGGCCCGCAGAAAUACAUAUAUGCAGCGUUUGUCGGAUCUUCGAAUAAGCAUAGCUUUUAUUGAUGAGGCCAUUGAGGAGUACAAGGAGCUGCAGAAAAAACAGUUGCAGGAUGAGAAAUGGAAAAGUUACAUGGCCUGCGACGGUCAGCCCAAUCCCAAUCGUCCUGCAGAAAUCCGGCAAUUUGUCUACCAACUGAAAUUCCUGGAGCAGGAGUCCUACAAUGAAGACAUCAAUUGGGUUCUGUCGGUUGACGAACGCAGUAUACUUUCUCAUGCUCCUGAUCGCAGCGAUAUGACCCGUAGGAACUUGGAAAAAUCACGUCCAAACAUCGGUCAGCUCUACGAUGAUAAUGUGCAGCGUGUUCUGGAAACCAUUGGACGUGUGGAAAGAGUACUCCGAAACGAUGAUGAGCUACUUCGCCUACCGACUUUUCAAGUCCUUGAAUUAGAUAAGAUGCCCUCAGAGCUCCACAGUGAUAUAGAAACUUUCUUUGACAAGCUCACUUACCGGGUAAUCUGUGCGCCAGAAGCCUAUAUGACGACUAAAGGAAGUAUCUUGUCAUACUACUGCUACAACUGCAGCAAUUUUAACUUCCAGAUAUGGGGACUGCAGGAUGUACCAAUUCGUUUCAACUAUAUGAAGCUACCGAUAAUUUGCUCCGAUCUGGACUGCGUUGGUGUGACCCUUCAACUGCCACUUAGCGUGCUCUGCGACAAUUUGACUCUGCGGUGUGUGCAAACCUUCUUCGACCCCUUUUCACAACUGUCAAAAAGCUACGAGCUAAACAUGGAUGGUUCUAUUGUUAGUCCCAAUUGUGGACUAGUUGACAUCGCGGAUAGUCUAAUGACUGAAUGGAUGACCCAGAUGGAUAUACAGGAGGACAUCAUGACGAAAAUGAACACUGAGAUGGAGAUUUACAAUGCGGCAAUGGCUGCUAUUGCUCAAGCAAUAUCGCAAAAAAAAAAGAAACCGGAUAAGAAAGGAGCUGGGAAACCAAUUCCAAAGCCACCAAAAAUGCCGCAAGAACUACUAGCUGGCACGUUCCCCGAUCCUUACAAGUUAUUCCUCGAGCAAGAUAAGAAAGAUUGCUCCGACUUCUUUAAUGAAUACUUUCAUCCAGACCACUUAAGCUUAUUGCCGUUUGAGGUAAACCUGCGUCGUUUCAUAAUCAUGGGUGGUGUUAUAUCGCUGGUCUUUGUGCGAGGAGCCAAGCACAUUACAUUCGAUAAGUUUAAUAUAACGCUGCACGAGGACGGACGCGUAUUGCGUAGGAAACUGGAUGAAUUGGAUCUAUCGUCGGAAUCUAAAAGCCGGCUAAGCAAAUUUAAUAUCCCCCAAAUGAAGAACGAUACCGACCAGGAGGAAGACUCGGAAUGUCAUCUGCAUUUGGAGCCGGAUGAGCUGCCGUUUUAUUUCCUCACUUUUCAGGUGCCAAACCAUUUGUGCCUUUGGGGCGAGCCUAUGGUGUGUCAAUUUGUUGUGGAGGAGAUCGAAGAAGAGGAAAAGGAAGAAGAAAUUGUAUUUGAAAGGCUGGAAAAAAAGCAAAACAAGGUGCGCAAGGUUAUCCGGAAGAAAUCCGAUUCUUUGAAUAAGAAAACUGCUAGCGCUAAGAGUGUAAUUGCGGCAGAAGUAAAUCCAGAGGAAAUUGAUAAACCAAAAUACCAUCAGCCGGCACUAGAAACUUCAGUCAACAUUUAUCGUCCGACGGCGUUGUCCAUGGUGCGACAAAGUGUUUUGGAAUCGGAGGUAGUGCAUCAGAGUUUAGUGAAAAGCUAUGAGCAGCAGACGGAACCGGUAUCCACGAGGAGGCUUAAUUUUCUUAAGCAGCACUGCUUACCGCGGAUAAUAUCCUCGUUUAAAUUCCCGCGGGAGUUCAUAGAUGACGAGCUUGAAGAACAGGCCAUGAAAAAGGGACCGUUCACACAGAUUUACCGAAGACGAUUGACCGGUUCUCUUACAAAUGAACCCACUGGGCACCACCCCUUUAACUACGAAGAUCAGUCGUUUCCCGAGCGAAUAUACCCAAGGUUCCCAUUGGUAAGCCCCCUAAAACCGGAGAUGGACAGCACGAAAGAUGAUGCAACAAUGUACGGAUUUAUCCAACAAUUGGACGACAUCAAGGAUAAAUACCUGGAGGCUCCAAAGAAGAUAGAGCAACAGGCCACAGCCACUGUCAGGAUGAGCAGACGGAUUUUUCACGAAUUGCCCAUUUCGAAUCGACCUGGCCGACGAAGUUCUUAUAUGAGGAGGUCUACCAGACUGUUGGAAUUGGAUGAUAACCCUAUGGAAAGGGAGUUCGAAGCGUCGGAACCCAGUGACACUUUGGGAAAAAUCAGAAAAGAAAGCAUUGUUCGGAAGAUUGAACCUAUAAAGGUCUUCCAUUGGACCACCAAGUUCAUUCUGGAGUCCCAGUUCGAUCGGGAGAGCAAAGUUCUUACUGUCAAGACGGAUCGCUUGGGAAAGUUUGGAUUCGCAUACCACCGAUACACCCAUUUUCCCUUUCGCCACUGGGAGCUGGAAAAAAAUGUGGAUAACCAGGAUGAGAUCAUCUUCACUUUGGACACUUACCUCGUGCGUGUUGUCUUCUUUAUCAGCAAGGAUGGUAUACGGUGUCAUGCAGUCGACAUACCGAAGGAGUAUAUCGCCAAGCCGUUUAAGUAUAUAGAUAUUAAGGAUCCCGUUUCGGAUUUCGUCGAGCUGCGCAAACGCCUUCAGGACAUGAACCUGAAUGUGUUUGCGGAGCUCGAUGCAUGUUUCUACAUAGAUCAAGGCUACUUUUCGCAGAAGCACUUGGCGGCGGAGUUGCAUAUUUAUGAUGCCAUCGCCGUGCAUGCCAAGCUGAUGGAGUUUAGCCACAGUCAGUGGAAUCGCCUGGCCUCGAAUCGGGAUCUGGUGCUUUGUCUACGGAACCCUAAGGAUGUGCACGAUGGGGCGGAGGUCACGGUUCGCGUAACGCCCGAGAAUUCGACCUUCGUGGAGGUCACGGAACUCUGCACAGAAAAUCUAAAUGCGAUCAGGCUGAACUAUAGAAAUACCUGGCGUAACAUUGGGACCUAUUCGGACUUGCAUCAGCUGAUCAACUCCAUGUAUCCGCAUGCCACAGAUAUGCGAAACCGCGAUGCCAACCAGAUGUACUAUCUCCGCCAGCUUCUGCAAGAGAUUCGACCCCUGAGCUUUUCCUAGUACCGCGAACGCUGCUCAAUUAACAACUGCCAAACAAAUACAGACUACAGCGAACACUUUCAAAUUAACAGCAAUUAAAGUCAAUUGCCAUUCAACAAAGUA